AUGGAAUUUGAUGAAUUUGAAGAUGACUUCGUCGGCGGAGACGCUGGAGAAGGUGGUGACCAAGCUUAGGGAUUUGAUUUCUAGGAAAACGAAUUUAUUCCUGAUCUCAUAAGUAAAAAAGAUGCAGUCAUCUUUUUAAUUGACUGCAACAAGAAGAUCUUCCAAAACGAGUUUAAUGAUGAAGUUUAGUUUAAAGUAAUACUAAAGAGUAUUUAGAGUUUCUUCAAGUCAAAGAUUAUUUCAAGUUUAGAUGACUAAGUUUCUGUUAUUUUCUACAAUGUGAAACAAACAAAUAAUGAUUUGAACUUUAAGGGGAUCAAUAUAGUUUAUAAUCUUAGCACUCCUUCAGCAGAAAUGAUUAAAAACGUAGUUAAGUUAGGAGAUAAUUUUGAAAGAGAUUUCGGUUUUGCAGACAAUGAAACACCUUUCCACGAAGCAUUGUGGACUUGCAAUAGCAUUUUUACAAAAUUAGAUAGUAAAAAAUUUAUAAUGAGAAUAUUCCUAUUCACCAACAAUGAUUAGCCCCAUUCAGAUAAUAAAGAUUUUUUAGAUAAGUGCUUUAACUAAGCAAGAACUUUGGCAGAAAAGAAUAUCUAAAUUGAGUUGUUCCCUCUUGCUACUAGAAACUAAAAGUUUGAUAUCAGAAAAUUCUAUUCAAGCAUCAUUACCUUUGAUGUAGAUGAAAUUAAUGAAGCUGUUAUCGAUACAUCAGAUAAAGUUUUGGAUAUCCAACACAGAUUACGUCAAAAAGAAUACAAAAAAAGGGCAGUCAACAGAUUACUUUUUACUUUGGGUGAUGAAACUAGAUUGGGAGUCAAAUUGUUUUGCCCAUUCGUGAAAUAAAGACGCCCUCUUGCCAAAUAAUUAGAAUCUAACACUAAUAAACUUUUAAAAAGGACAGUAAAGCAUAUUUGCAAAGAAACAGGUUAGUCUUUAUAUCAAAACCAAAUUUCCACAUGUGUUCACAUUGGAGGAGAGAAGGUUAAAGUUAGUAAAGGUGAUAUUAAUGAAAUCAAAUCAUUCGAAGAACCAGGUAUGCGUUUAAUAGGAUUUAAACCUUCAGGAACACUUAAGGCUUACCACAACUAUAGAACAAGCUACUUUGUUUACCCAGAUGAUUAUCAUGUAAAGGGAUCAUCUCAAUCUUUUCAUGCUUUGAUCUCAUAAAUGAUUGCCAAAGAUAAAAUAGCUAUUGUUAGAUUCAUUCCCCGUAAAGGCACUUAGGUUAGGUUCUGUGCUUUACUUCCAUAAGAAGAAAGUUAUGAUGAAGACCAUGUUUAAACACCUCCAGGCUUUCAUUUGAUUUUCUUACCAUAUGCUGAUGAUUAGAGAAAUUUAGGUUCCAUCAGACCUUAAUAAAAGGAAGAAGUUAGCAGAAAUUUACUAAAUGCAGCUAAAAUGAUGUGCAAUGCAUUAGAUUUAGCUAAUUUUGAUUUUAGAAAUUUCGAAGAUCCUUCACUAUAGAAAUUUUUUGCUCAUCUUCAGGCACAUGCCUUAUAAGAAGAAAACCCAGAAAAUCCAGCAGACUUGAUCUAACCUGAUGAAGAAGGUAUGAAACGCUGUGAAGAUAUAAUUAAGCUAUUUGAAGAAGCAUUGAAGUUAGAUGUAUAAGAUGAUGACCAACCUCAAGCCGCUUAAAAAAAACCAAGAUAAAAAAAGGUAGCUGUUGAAAAGUAACCUGCUGCACAAAAGAAAUAACCUGCUCCAAAAAAGCCUGCUUAAAACAAAAAAUAAGUAAAAAAAGAAGAAGAGUCUGAAGCAAGCAGUAUAGGUGAUUAUGACUCUGAGGACUCCUUUAUCGAUAAUGAAGAAGAUGAAAUUAAGCCUAAAAAAAGAGGAGUUUAAAACAAAAAAGUGACUAAUUAAAGAAAAGUUAAUAAAAAAGUUGAAUACAGUGAUGAAGAUGAUGAGAUAAGCUAUGAAGAAAAACCAAAACGAAAAGCAGCAGGGAAGAAACAAAUGAGCGAAGAAGAAAAACUUAUUUCACAUGUAGAAGCUAAUUUAAAAGAAGAAUUCAACCCAGAUGGUUUGACAAUAUCUGAGCUUAAAUAGUAUCUUAAGUUCAAAGGACUUAAAAAUGUUGGUAAAAAGGAAGAAUUGGUUGAUACCAUUUUAAGACACUUAGAAAGAAAUUGA